AUGGCCAAAACCUACAUUCCCCUCCCCAACUUCUCCACGGCCCCUCCGCCGCAAGGGCCGCUUGACCUGGGCCACAUUGUCAAGACCUUGAGCCCCGGCGACUUCCCGGCCCCGCUCAACAGGAAAUCCCGCGUGACCAUCGACGCCGACGACCUCCAGCCCCUGGAUACCAAGCACGGCUAUCGCACGACGCGCAAGGAGCUGCUGAGCGGUAACUUUGGCGUAUGGGCGCAGCUGGCGAGCGUCUUUGGGGUUGGCAUCGAGGGCGGCGUGACGUACGAACGCAGCGCAGAUGAUGUGGUGACGGUGGACAGACUGGAAACAUCAACGUUCAUCCCCACCCAGGCCUACAUCAAGCAGGCCCUCUCCUCUCCGCCCGUGCAGCUGUACCUCUCUGUCACGAAGCGAGCAAAGCCCGUGUACCUGAUCACGGGGCUCAAAGUCGCAUGCGGUGUGUCGCUGGAGAGUCAGCGGUCCGUGACCAAGGGUGCCAGGCUCAAGCUCGGGUUCGCUCCCCAGGGCGUUCCGGCUGACGGCGGGCCUGACGUGGGAGUUGAGCGCAUGCGCGAGGAAGGCUUUUCGUUUACGGGCUCGAGUGAUUUUGUCAUGGCAGCGCGCGUGGAAAAGAUUACUGUCGACAACAAGGGUGGUGGAGAGGCCAAGACCAAGUUGUACCUCAAAGGGGCGUCCAUGGAGGAUGCGGAUGAGACCAGGGAAGAAGGGGGCCUGGAGCUUGGCGUGGGAGACGUGAGUGAAGAUGAGUUGGCGGGGCUGGCUGCGGAAUUUCAAGCUACGAAAUUUGUUCGUUGGGAUAAUGCCAAUCUAGGUGAAGACAUGUGGAUGAUUCCCGCGGGUUUGGAUGGCUGA